AACAAUCCGGAAGUUCAAAUUGUAGCUCCCGCUGGCUUGACCCGCAAAUAUAUCCGCUGGCGUUCGUUCGUCCGCGGAACAAUUUCAGGAAGAGGACUCGGUCGCUUCAACUUGCAGGAGAGCAGCAACACAUUCUGCCGACAGUAUUUCGUCGCUAACUUCGUGUUAGCUCGUUCUUUUACACCGAGACACGGCGGUCAUUAGAGACUCUUCCAAAUGCGGCCAUAGCGGUGGUGCAGCUCCACUGUGCCUUGGCCUUGGCACGGCUGACCCGCUGAACCGGACCAGUUGAGACCAGGUUCGCAUUAUUUUCGUUUGAGUCUGGGUUCUGAGUUUUUAAAUAAGACGCCAUGGAGCCGUUGGGAGCCCUCCUCGGAUGCUCCGCGGCCGUCGCGAUGGGUGUCCUGGUGUUCUCCGCCUACAAACUCGGCGUUCUCUACCAGUUGUUUCACAAGACCGAGACCGACAGCCCGAGACACGGCGGCGAGAGCGUGGCGGCGGUGCUCCGCGCCCACGGGGUCAAGUACGUCUUCACGCUGGUCGGCGGGCACAUCUCCCCCAUCCUGGUGGCCUGCGAGAAGGUGGGCAUCCGCGUGGUGGACACUAGGCACGAGGCGACCGCCGUCUUCGCCGCCGACGCCGUGGCGAGACUCUCGGGCACUGUCGGUGUGGCGGCGGUGACGGCCGGCCCAGGACUCACCAACACGGUGACGGCAGUGAAGAAUGCUCAGAUGGCUGAAUCUCCGUUGCUGCUCAUGGGAGGAGCCGCCGGGACGCUACUUCAGGGGAGAGGAGCGCUGCAGGACAUCGACCAGAUGUCCCUCUUCAAGCCGCUGUGCAAGUUCUGCGCCUCCAUCAGGACCGUCAGGGAGAUCGUGCCCACGGUCAGGAAAGCCCUGGCCGUCGCCCAGUCGGGGACUCCCGGUCCGGUUUUCAUCGAGUUCCCCAUCGACACGCUCUACGCCUUCCACCUGGUGUCCAAAGAGUUUGGGGUCAAGAACCCUCCCAAAGGCCUGAUGGGCAAAGUCGUCUCAUGGUACCUCAAUAACCACCUCAUGAACGUCUUCGCUGGAGCCUGGGAGACCAGAGAUGUGUCUCCGCUGCCCGUUGACAUCCCACAAGCCACCGACGAUCAGGUACAAAAGUGCAUCGAGCUGGUCAGUCGAGCCAAGAAGCCGGUCAUUCUGCUCGGUAGCCAAGCAACGCUGCCGCCGACCCCCGCCGACGACAUCAGGAAGACGUUGGAGGACCUGGGCAUUCCCUGCUUCCUCGGGGGAAUGUCCCGCGGCUUGCUGGGCAAGGACAGCCCCAUCCACGUCAGACAGAACCGCCGCGACGCCCUGAAGGAGGCCGACGUGGUGCUCCUGGCAGGCACCGUGUGCGACUUCCGGCUGAGCUACGGCAGGGUUCUCAACAGACGCAGCAAGAUCAUCGCGAUCAACAGGGAUAAGACGCAGCUGCUGAAGAACUCUGAUAUGUUCUGGAAACCGACGAUAGCGAUUCAGGGUGAUGCUGGUUCGUUCUUGGUACGGCUAUCCAAAGGCCUGAAGGGCCACCGCUGUCCAGAGGAAUGGCCUCGGAUGCUCAAAGCGGGAGAUGUCACCAAAGAAAAUGUGAACAGGGCCAAAGCUGAAGAGAAGACCGACCAUCACCUGAAUCCCUUGAAAGUCCUCCACCGUGUGGACGAGCUGAUGGCAGAGGACAGCAUCAUCGUCGCCGACGGGGGGGAUUUUGUCGGGAGUGCUGCUUACAUAAUGAGGCCGAGGGGACCGAUGCGUUGGCUCGAUCCAGGAGCUUUCGGGACCUUGGGAGUCGGAGGAGGGUUCGCUCUGGGGGCGAAGCUGUGCCGGCCCGAGUCCGAGGUUUGGAUAGUGUACGGCGACGGCUCUCUGGGGUACAGCGUGGCAGAGUUUGACACGUUCACGCGACACAAGACCCCGGUUAUAUGCGUGGUGGGAAACGACGCAUGCUGGAGUCAGAUAUCCAGAGAGCAGGUUCCCAUACUCGGCAGCAACGUGGCGUGUGGCCUCGCGUUCACAGAUUAUCAUAUAGUGGCGGACGGUUACGGCGGAAAGGGCUACCUCAUCAGGCGGGAGGACGAAGACCGGCUAAGCGACAUCAUCAGAGACGCGCAGGGGGAAACCCGGGGGGGCAAGGCUACGCUCCUCAAUGUUCUGAUUGGGAAGACCAACUUCAGAGAGGGCUCCAUCUCUGUAUGAGGCAGCUGUGGUGUCUUUUUAACCUCUGGCUCUUCGUAGACUUUACUGGGAAUAUGGCUCCAUGCAGGGUUUCAGAGAGUAGGAAGAUGCCCCUGGAUGCUGUGAAGAGCCCCGCCCCUAACUGUACCUAUGCUAAUCCUUUGUGCCCUUAACGCCAUACUUCCCCUUGGUGAGAGGAAAUUAAUUUCCGGUUUGCUGAUCUUUUUCAGGAGUUUAUGAAGCAUUCGUUGCAAUAUCGCUCUACUUCCCUCUUGAGACUGAUUUAAAAAAAAAAAAAAAAAAAAAAAAUCGAAAUAGUAAAAUGUGCGGAAACACCGAAGUCGUAACUCAGAUAUUUCAAUGUCAGAGGGUGACUGCUUGUUAAGCUGCAGGUUGAAUUAGUUCCUCCUAAGUGAAAUACUACAGCUCUGCCAGCCCCAGAAACAAAAUCUUUAGGUUAUGCAUCGAGCGACGUUCAUGUUCUUUUCUAAUUGAUGCAUUUUAAGAAGGGAAAGAGUAAUAAUCUUGCUUUUUUUUUUUAAGGGACUGUACCUCUUCAAGAGCUCGGGGGUUAAACUUUAAACAGCCUAUUAAAGCUGUCUGUGAAUGAAACCAUUUGUGCGAGAGAGCGUUGGUUUACGUUAUCAAAUGCAACCAGUAUGCCUUUUCUCCUGUUACCAAACGGACAUGGAGUCUUUUUACUAGACAUGAAACCUCGCUGCUGUUAAACUCUACCGCUUGAUGGUUUGGAAUAAAAAUGUUAAAUGGAAAGUAUUUUCUGAAUGUUGAAGAUUGACAAAUGGUAUGCCUUUUUUAAUGUUUGAUUGUGUGUUUGAUUACAUUGAUUGAUAUAAUGGAUUGAAAAUGCGUCUGCUGAUCAGAUAUGUAUUUGAAUUUUUAAUACUAACCUGCAUCGAUGUGGGUUAUCAUUAUCAAAAUGUAUGCACUAUAAUAACUUAUUUCCUCACCAAAUGAAUGUUUGUGGGUCAUCUCAAUCCAAUAAAUCAUUGUUUUAUUUAGUAUUUAUCAAACAGUUCAACCUUCCAUGUUAAUUUGUGUUCAUAAUCAAAUAAAUUGAACAAAGUCGAUAAUGAGAA